AUGCCUGUCCCGAAUGAGUGCUGUACGCAGGAAAAUUUUGCCGUCCCGUGUCUGUUCUGGUACAAACAUUUUGCCAUGCUGGAGGCCCAGUUGCUGGGCGGCGUUUUCUUCUCGGAUGAGGUCAGCAAGGUCGGCACCUUGCGGAAUGUCUAG